AUGCUAUUGAUUCCUCAUGGCAAGACUAUCGAGGAAACGUUAACAGAGCACCAAUCUUCAAAGUGUACACUUCAUCUACUAUCCGGUCUUUCAUCAACAAUAAGAAAAAAAUGUAAAUUGUCUGAAUGCAAAUCAGUCAACGAGGGUGAUGCAUUCGUGUUUGUUAUUUGUGAUGGAUGUGGUGAAAUGUUUUGUCUAAAACAUCGGUAUCCUGCAUCACAUCAAUGUUGCUCAUUAACUGUUGCAUCCGACGCAAAGGCAAAAAGACGCGCAAAAGCAGAAGAAAUUAAAGCACAAUAUUUAAGGGCAUCUAAAGCUGAUUCACAAUCCAAAAUCACCUCAAAAUCGUCUUUGGUAAAUAUUACUACUAAUCCAAUAAAUGACAAACCGAAAAAGAAGACAAGUAAAAUUGUUGAAGUGAUGAAACUUAAAUCCAAAGCACAGGGUGACGAGUCAAUCCCACAUGAUUCACGUAUUUAUCUCUGUGUACAUUUUCCACGUGAUUCUAAGCUAUCACCUAAACCUUUGUUCUUUAAUAAGAACUGGGCAACCGGUAAGGUAUUAGAUCGUAUCGCUAUUACUGGAAAGAUUAACAACACAAAUAAUCAGUUGACAUUUGGUGAUCCUAAUUUUCUAUUGCUAUAUAAUAAAGAAACAGGUCAGCGACUCGAGAUGGACAAAAAAUUAGGGGAUUUAAUCGAAAGUGGGGGAGAACUUUUAUUAGAGAGACAGGGAGCGAUCAUCAAGAUCCUAGGGGGUAGGUCCCAGCGCCGGCAUAAACCGACUCUUGAUUUGGUGGGUGAUAUAGCGAAGAAGUAUGUUGCGAGCACCAUUGAUGUCCCGAUCAAGCUCAGUUGUACAACUGGGGCAACGGAACACUUUGGAUCCACCCAGUUUUUGAUGGAUAUGGCCACAGCACCCACACGUCUUACUAAAGAUAUUGGCGGAAUCGGAAGUGCGACCAUGUUAACAUCAUCCGUGUAG